AGGCAGAUUCUCGGUGACAUCGAUUUACCAGUGGAAGCCUUACACUUUCGAGGUGUACUUUCAAGUGCUGGACAUCCCCGAAACACACAACUUUCUCCUAGGACGUCCGUGGGUUCAUUCUGCAGGUCUCUCGAGCCUCAAGCCUGAAUCAGAAAAUCAAAUACAUCGUUCGGGAUCAUCUGGUAACAGUUCAUGCAGAAGAAGACCUGACAGUCCUCCGAUCCUCUUCCUUACGGCCUAUCGUUGGUUAAAGCAUUUCCUUCACGUGGUCUUCUUAAGCCUAUGUCUUGUGCUCUUCCUUCUUCUUUCUUCAGGCGUAGGCAGGGCUUUUUAUGUCUACCCUAUUUGGUUUCUUGAUUCCGAGACGAACUCCACCGCAUCUUUCUCAUGCCGUUUAUCCUUAUCAAUUAUAUCUUCCCCACUGUGUUCUUCCUUCUGGAGAUGGGAUUGCGUUUCUGAUCACCUCUAA